CACUUGCCUCUUCCGGUCUGGCACUGCGACGAGCCCGACUUCACCUCUGCCCGCGAAUGCUCAUGAGGCACGACGAGGGCUCCGCCGCCAGACACAUGUGCGAUGCGGUUGGCGAGGACACGGUUAAGGCGCGCUCAUGACGCCAUCCGCCCGCUCCCUCAACACACAGGCCGACGCUGCCGAUCAGACGUCCCUCCUUGCGCCCACGACGAGUAGAGAUGGCCGCUCGACGUCGGCCGCCGGCAUGGCCAGCUCGCGCGGCGGCCAGGCGUCGUAUGCCUCCUAUGCGACGGCCAACACGGGCCCCGGCAGCUUCAACACGGCUCUGACGAGGCCCUCAACCGCCCAGGAGGGCAGAGUGCGGCCCGAAUUCGACAUGCAUGCCAUCACCAUCGCCGACCACGACGGCAUCACAAGCGAGCAGCGCCAGGCUGAGCUGCAGGACCAGAUCGAGAAGGAGACCAAGAUCAAAAUCGGCUCCGAGAACCUGCUCGAGGCGCUGAAUGCAAAGAAUGCAAAGGAGGUCAAGAACCAGCGCCUGCAGGUCGAGGAGCAGCUCAACAUCUCCAACAGAAAGCUGGCGCAGCUGCAGUCAGGCCUGGCUGCCGAGAAGCAGAGAGCAAAGGAGGUCAAGUCGCCACCCGCCGAUCCCCAAAGCCGCCUCUCGUACCUUUUCCGUCGAAACCUAUCACGCUCACCAUCACGACACGUUGCCCAGAAAGAAGAGGACGAUGACGAGGAAACCGAAUCACCGACGUUUGUGUUGGCCGAGAUACUGCAGGCUCUCGAAGUCCAGGGCAUGCAGCCAGAAUACUAUGUGGAGAGAGCAAACUCUCUGGUCCUCCUCUUCAAGCGACACCCCACGCUCAAGUACGACCUAGCUUGGUCCAUAUUUGGCCUGCGAAUGCAAACUAUGCUCCUGAGCGACAGCCGCGAAGUAGUCGCAGCAGCAUAUCGCGUCAUGCGCUACUCCUUCACCGACCGCAAGUCGCUGCGAAUUGUACGCGCACUUCAUACAGAUCAUCUAGUCAUCUUGUCAUUAGUAAAGGAGACCAAGGCCAGUGUGGAGCGCGAGCAGGCUCUCAAGUUUGUUCGAGCCUUUCUGGACGUAAAAGGAGGUGUUGAGGAGAUUGCACGCGCCGUAGUUCGCAUCAUUGUGGCCGUAGCCGAGCACGCAGAAGACCGCCUCAGGAACAUUGCAACUCUGACUCUGGCCGAGAUCCUUGUCCGGAAGCCAGCCCUUCUCGUUGCAGCUGGAGGCAUGGGUGCUUUGGCCGAUGCUCUUGGAGAAGGGAGCUACCACGCCGCAGAGAGCGUUGGCACCUCUUUUCUCUAUCUCCUAGACACACCCAGAAGACGUCGAUUCCUGCGGUCCGGGCGCGAACUCGAAAGCCCAUUUGCAAUGUUCACCGACGCAAGCACGAUUCAUGGACAUCUUCACGAAGAGAAGCUAAAAGUCAACGCCAAGGUCAUUGCCUCUCUGCUCAGGAGCUGGGGCGGACUAAUCACUCUCUCAAUGAAUGACUUUCUCCCUCUUCGGUCCUUACUGUGGUCCUUACAGAUACCAACCCCACACGUUCGAAACAUCAUCCUCGAACUGCUCUUCGAUCUUCUCAGAAUCAAGCCUCCUUCGUGGUCUUCUUCUUUUCUCGCAGGCCGUCGACUGACUACGUAUGGCCGUGUCACAAAUCUAAAAAACCAGCAGAUCAAAGACUCGUCGGCGUCCAGUACCGUCGAGAACGAGACAACCAAAUGGAGCUUGCUAGAUCACUACGUCUCUGUGAUUCUGGCAGCAUUCCUGCAUGCAGGGUUAAUGCCCGCUUUGUUGCAGGCUGAAGAGGAGCCGCUGACACUGCCCCUGAAGCGCAAAACGACGUUGUUAAUCGGUGAGGUUCUCAAAAUGGCAAACGAACUUCUGCCGCCAUCAUGGAGUGCACAGCUUCAAGUGCUUCCUCAGCUCUUGCAUUCUGCAGCAAAAUUCCAAUCUCCAAACCGUUUUGUUGCCAUUGGCACUAUUUACCAGGUGGAUAGUAUUAACAGGACGCUAUACAGGUCAGAUCCGACAUCUCUAUACAACAACAAAGGCAUUUCGACUUCGGACGAUACUCCAGCCAAUCGACAGUCAGACCAAGCGGCCAAGUUGCAAGCUGCGAUGCAGGUCGACGAGGGCCAAUUCCGGAAUCUGAUGGUCGAAACGCAGGUCCUCAACACAGUGACAUUCCAAAAAUGGCGGUGGGACUUGAUUCUGAACAUAAUUGAAGGGCCAUUGCUCAACCCCAAACGCUUGGACGAAGCCAUCAAGGUCACAAAGUUCAUUCAUCGUGUUUUGGGAUUCUACCGCCCGUUCAAAUAUCGGUUCUCCGAAGUCAAAAACACCAAACCAAACCAACGAUAUGUUCGGGCCGGUUGCGCUCUGAUGCAGAGCCUCCUGCAGAAUCCAGAAGGCGUCAAGUAUUUGGCUGAGAGCAAAUUCAUUCGACAACUUGCAGAAUGCUUGUCACACUUCGACCGGAUGAGCGGUCUCACAUCUGAGUCACCCAUCUUCCAAGCAGACCGCAUGAACGAGACGCUGACUGGCGGGUAUUUUGCGCUCCUAGGUGCCCUGACCAAAGAUCCUCGAGGCAUCCAUAUCCUGGAACGAUGGAGAGUGAUCAACAUGUUCUAUCACAUCAUCGAACUCAAUGACCGUGACGAUCUGAUCCGGACGCUUCUCAGUAACUUGGAUUACACGUUGGACGGCCAUCUGCGCAUCAUCAUUUCAAAAGCACUAACAUCAUGCUCCAAGGAGAUCCGCAUCUUUGCGACAAGAUUAUUGCGCAAAUAUGCGACGAAGCCGAUGGGCGUCAGCAACUCUACUGGGGUAACGGAAUGGGCCAUCAGGCUGCUUGUGACGCAGCUUUACGACCCAGACGUGGAGGUGUGCGAAGUUGCGAUCAAGAUUCUGGAAGAGGCGUGCAACCAGAAAGAGUCUCUAGAGUUUGUAGUGAAGUGCCGGCCGGCAUUGGAUCACUUGGGAGAAAUUGGGGCACCUCUGCUGCUUCGGUUUCUUUCGACUUCGGUAGGCUAUCACUAUCUGGACGGAUUGGAUUACAUCACGAGAGAGAUGGAUGACUGGUUCUUGGGGAGAAACGACACCUAUGUAGCCCUGAUUGAGGCGUCGAUGGCCCGCGCACUUGCGGACAUUCCAGACAAACCAUCGACGCAACUAAGCUACGAGGAUGCGCCUGAGCCGCCCGACUACGGGCUGGUGCCGCCACAUUUCUACCGGGAGCUGACGAGGACCAAGGAGGGAUGCAAGCUGCUGAAGCAAAAGGGACACUUUGACGAAUUUGCCGCGACGAUCCGUGACUUUGCAUCGGAAAACGACGAUCCGGAGAUUAUUCUCAAAGUCAAGGGAUGCUUAUGGGCGGUGGGCAAUGUGGGAUCCAUGGAACUGGGAGCGCCAUUCCUUGAGAAUUCAGACGUGGUCAAGUGGAUUGUGCAGAUAGCGGAACAUUCCGAGGUCAUGUCACUCCGGGGGACGGCCUUCUAUGUCUUGGGGCUGAUUUCUAGGAGUCUUCACGGGCAGGAGAUUCUACUGGAGUACGGAUGGGACGGGGUUGUCAACGAUUCGGGCGAAGCGCUAGGGUUUUGUCUGCCCCUUGACUUCAACAAGCUGUUCAAGAUGGCGCCGUGGGUGGCGCAGGCAGAGGACAUGAGCUGGAAUCCCAAGGCGGAGAUUAAGGUUGCAGUUACGGACGAGGACCCUGUCAACGCGCGGAUUCUGAAGCUUGCGACGGAUCUCGGCAACACGGUGCUUGCCAAGAAGGCGGCCAGUGACCUGCAGGCGAUCAAGGCUAGAAAGGCACCGGGGUUCAGCAAGCCUGCGAUCUUCGACAAGGUCAUGCAGAUACUGGAAGCGCACCACUUCCGUCUUCCGGCGUGCCGGUUCAUACUGGAUUUGUUCGACAAGCGGGUGCUGGAGCAGAUUGUGCUCGAAGAGGAAGACGAAGCCGAGGAGGAGUCGGGCAGCCAGUCCGAGGGCAGUGCAGAGGCUCGGCAGACGGGCAUGAAUGGCGCAAUGAGGGGAGCGUAAAGGGAGGGAUUGGUACAAAGACGAGGCCGGGGGCUUCGGAACUAGGCGUUGGGGAGCGUUGUCGACAGGGAUGUAUGUGUACGAUAGUCAUGUAUGUAUGUGGGUGGAGCCGAGGGCAAGCAUGGGUCAGGAGGGUUGUUUUUUUGCAUGUGUAUUAUGGAGUUGGCCGGUACACUAACUAAGCUUUUGCUGGGAGGAUAUGUGCAGCGGCACAGCAGACGAGGGGUGAUGGGGGGUAUGAGCAUAGUCAGGCACGAGGGGCGUUGGG